CGGACCGAAGCAGCAAGCAGGCACCCGAAAGGACAGAAAGAAUCUCACCCACAAUGGAGACGACGUUUGCGCGCGUGCCAAAGCUGCACGAUGAGGUUCCAGCUCUGGGCUUGAUGUUCCCGUCCCAGUACGAGCGCGAUUGGGUGGUCUCGUGGGAGCCUGGCUUCUGCAAAGAGUCGUUGCCCGUGGCUGUCGCGCUCUGCGCCGCCUACUGCGUCAUGUGCUUCGCCGGCCGCCGCAUCAUGCGCGACGUCAAGCCCUUCAACCUCAAAGUUCCCUUGGCACUCUGGAACCUGGGGCUGGCAGUAUUCAGCGCCAUCGGCGCAUCCCGAACGGUGCCUUUCCUUAUCAACACCAUCUAUCGCCGUGGCGUGUACCACUCGGUGUGUGCGCCACCCACACCCCACUACGGCCAUGGCCCCGUGGCUCUCUGGGUCAUGCUCUUCAUCUUCUCCAAGGUGCCCGAGCUCGUGGACACAGCCUUCAUCGUGCUGCGUAAGAAGCCGCUCAUCUUCCUGCACUGGUAUCAUCAUAUCACCGUGCUGCUCUUCUGCUGGCACGCUUUCGCCACGCUCUCAGCUAGCGGAAUUUACUUUGUGGCGAUGAACUACUCGGUGCACGCCGUCAUGUAUUUCUACUACUUCCUCACGGCUUGCGGCUACCGACCUCGCUGGGCGCGUCUCGUGACGAUCUUCCAGCUGAGCCAGAUGGUCGUCGGCAUCGCUGUCUGUGGCCUCAACGUGUACUACAUGAAGCAGGGUGACGAAUGCAGUGUGGACCCGGACAAUCUCAAGUGGGGCAUCAUCAUGUACUCGAGCUACUUUGCUCUUUUCCUAAAGUUCUUCAUCGAGCGCUACCUGCUGCGCAGCGUGAAGAAGUCCGCCGAAAAAACAGCGAAGAAGACUCAGUAA